CCCGCCGAUUUGAAGGGCGGCGACGGCGGCGAGGCGGUGAACUGGGAGAUUGGGCGGUGGAAGGCCGAGAUUCUGGCGCACCCGCUGUACGAGCAGCUUCUGUCGGCACACGUGGCGUGCCUCCGGAUCGCCACGCCGGUGGACCAGCUUCCGAGGAUCGACGCGCAGUUGGCACAGUCGCAGAAUGUGGUCGCUAAGUACUCUGCGUUCGGACACAACAACAUCGUUGCCGAAGACAAAGAACUCGACCAGUUCAUGUCGCACUAUGUUUUGUUGCUCUGUUCCUUCAAAGAACAACUGCAACAACAUGUCCGGGUCCAUGCAAUGGAAGCAGUAAUGGCGUGUUGGGAGAUAGAGCAAUCCUUGCAGAGUCUAACAGGAGUUUCACCUGGAGAAGGUACAGGGGCAACAAUGUCUGAUGAUGAAGAUGACCAAGUAGAUAGUGAUGCCAAUCUCUUUGACAGUAGUUUGGAUGGGGCAGAUAGCAUGGGAUUUGGCCCUCUUGUUCCUACAGAGAGUGAGAGGUCCCUCAUGGAGCGUGUAAGACAAGAGUUAAAGCAUGAACUGAAACAGGGUUAUAAGGAGAAAAUCGUAGACAUAAGAGAGGAAAUUUUACGCAAGAGACGAGCUGGGAAACUUCCUGGUGACACAACCUCUGUGCUUAAAGCUUGGUGGCAAUCACAUUCCAAGUGGCCUUACCCCACCGAGGAAGAUAAAGCAAGGCUGGUGCAGGAAACUGGAUUGCAAUUAAAGCAGAUUAAUAAUUGGUUUAUCAAUCAAAGGAAGAGGAAUUGGCACAGCAAUCCUUCAACUUCUACUGUCUUGAAGA